UCGUUCCGAUAAUUCUCUCUUUCAAAUAUUAAUCUCUCAGCAGUUCUUCUCUGAAUUUUCUCAUCUGGGCCUUUCUUCUUCAGGGACGAUUGUAUUAAGAAACAUACCAAAAAAACAUGAUUCAAGGGAGUUCUCGCAUACGCCACCUGGUUCAAUCCUUACGGGCUGCUUCUUUUCCAUCCAAGAUUACAAAUUACCGAGGGCACACAUCUCAGGCUUCUUCUUCUCUGCAAAAAGCGACUCAACCAUCUGCUUCCAGUGACGAUGAGUACGCUGAUGUGGACUGGGAUAAACUUGGAUUUGGUCUGACACCAACGGAUUACAUGUACGUAAUGAGAUGUUCCAAAGACGAAAAUUUUAAAGAAGGAAGACUGAAUCGCUACGCCAACAUCGAAAUAAGCCCUUCCGCUGGCGUCUUAAAUUAUGGACAGGGCUUAUACGAAGGUACGAAAGCAAACAGAGCAGAAGAUGGGCGAAUUCUUCUGUUCCGUCCUGAACAAAACGCCGCUCGAAUGAUGCAUGGGGCUGAAAGAAUGUUAAUGUCAUCACCUUCCAUUCAACAAUUUGUCGACGCAGUGAAAGAAACUGUGUUUGCUAACAAGCGUUGGAUUCCUCCACCAGGAAAAGGGUCGCUGUAUGUUAGGCCUCUGCUUUUGGGGACUGGUCCUAUUUUAGGUUUGGCGCCGGCGCCGGAGUAUACAUUUAUUGUAUAUGCUUCCCCCGUCCGCAACUAUUUCAAGGAGGGUACUGCACCUUUGAACUUAUAUAUCGAUGAAGAAUUUGUUCGGGCUUCUCCUGGAGGAGCAGGAGGCGUCAAGACAAUCACAAACUAUGCUCCAGUUCUGAAAGCAAUAGCCAGAGCCAAAGAAAGAGGAUUUUCUGAUGUCCUAUACCUUGAUGCCGUGAAAAGGAAGUAUCUGGAGGAGGUCUCGUCUUGUAAUAUUUUCAUUGUGAAGGGUAACCAUAUCUCAACUCCUGCUACAAAUGGCACUAUUCUCGAAGGUGUAACUCGAAAAAGCAUCCUUGAGAUUGCUAGGGAUCAUGGUUACCAGGUUGAAGAACGGGCAAUUCCAGUCGAUGAUUUGGUUGAUGCUGAUGAAGUUUUUUGCACUGGAACCGCGGUCGGAGUUGCUCCCGUAGGUAGCAUUACACAUCAGAACAGAAGAAUUGAAUUCAAAACAGAGGGUAGCUUGGUCAGCAAGGAACUGUUCUCAACUCUGGUGGGGCUGCAGACUGGCCGCAUUGAGGAUAAGAAAGGAUGGACGGUCGAGAUCCUUUAGUCUCUUGAAGUUUUGUAUAAUUUUCUGUAUCAUAUAUCAACAAUCUCUUUUAAACUUGCAGUAGAAGCAAUGAUCACAGAAGAAAACUGGCUAUGGAAAUCUGGUUUGGUUUCAAUUCUAUGCACUAAUAAUUUUCUUAUGAAUAACAUUGAAAUUGGAAAUUAUAGUU